AUGAUCGAGUCCACAGGACGCAUCCCUUUCCAGGUCGGAGACGAAACAUUCAAAACAUGGUACAGGGUCGUUGGUGACCUUACCUCUGGCAUACGUCCCCUCGUCGUACUACACGGCGGUCCAGGCAUACCUAACCCGUACAUGUACCCACUCGAAGCCCUCUCCACCUCUCACAAUAUCCCCGUCAUCUUCUACGACCAAAUUGGCGUCGGCAACUCCUCUCAUCUGCGUGAAAAGCCCUCUUCUUUCUGGACUGUUGAUCUCUUCAUGGAUGAGCUCGAUAACCUUAUACAUCAUUUUGGUAUAUCCGACAACUUCUCGCUCAUCGGUCAUUCGUGGGGAGGAAUGCUCGGCUCGAACUAUGCCGCUGCCCGACGCCCUCCGGGGCUGAAAGCACUCAUUCUAUCGAGCAGUCCAGCCUCCGUAGACCUUUGGAUGGAGUGUAUGAACGAGCUGUUGGAAGCUUUUCCAGGGGGUAUGAGGGAAACUGUGAAGAGAUGUGAGAGAGAUGGGCUUUUGGAGAGCGAGGAGUACGAAGAGGCGAUGGCUCUUUUCAACAAGAAACACCUGUGCAAGCUUGAUCCCUGGCCACAACAGUUGCUCGACUCCCUAGCGCUGAUGGCAGAGGAUAUGACUGUCACCGACCAUAUGUGUGGACGUGAGGCUUUUGUAUGCAACGCAACGCUAAAGAACUGGUCAGUCGUCGACAUCGUGGACCAGAUCGCUUGCCCAACCCUCGUGACGAACGGAAUCGACGAUGAAGUGCAGUGGGCGGGGAUUCGCGAUUUUGUGGAGAAGAUUCCAAAGGUGAAGUGGGUGCGGUUCGAUAAAAGUAGUCAUGUGGUUAUGUUCGAAGAGCAAAAGAGGUAUUUGGCAGAAGUGGGCAGCUUCCUGACAACGGUAUGA